AGGACAGAAGCUGCAGUCAGCAAGAUCAAGUUCCAGAUACUCGUAGACCCCAUGCGACUUAGUGGUGGGCAGAUCAGUUACAUCCCAGACAGAGCUGUUCCUGCUGCAGUGGGGGAGUUGGAGACAAAAGCCAAACGGCAAAGCGUCUUUGCAGAGAAGGAUCUGGGGGUCCUGGUGUACACCAAAUUGAACAUGAGCCAGCGCUGUGCCCUUGCGACAAAGAAGGCUAACGGUGUCCUGGGCUGUUGGCAGCAGGUUGAGGGAGGGGAUUCUUCCCCUCUACUCAGCACUGGUGGGGCCACACCUGGGCCAGUUCUGGGAGUGCUGUCCAAUAUCUCCUCCAUCACCGACCUGGGAGGCUUUGAUCCAGUUUGGCUCUUCCUAGUGGUAGGAGGAGUUAUGUUCAUUUUGGGAUUUGCAGGAUGCAUUGGAGCUUUACGAGAAAAUACCUUUCUUCUCAAAUUUUUUUCGGUGUUUCUUGGAAUUAUUUUCUUCUUGGAGCUCACUGCUGGUGUUCUAGCAUUUGUUUUCAAAGACUGGAUAAAGGACCAGCUGUAUUUCUUUAUAAACAACAACAUCAGAGCAUACCGAGAUGACAUUGAUUUGCAAAACCUCAUAGACUUCACACAGGAAUAUUGGCAGUGCUGUGGGGCUUUUGGAGCUGAUGACUGGAACCUUAAUAUUUACUUCAAUUGCACAGAUUCCAACGCAAGUCGGGAGCGCUGUGGUGUGCCGUUCUCUUGCUGCACUAAAGACCCUGCUGAAGAUGUUAUUAAUACUCAGUGUGGCUACGAUGCAAGACAAAAACCAGAAGUUGAUCAGCAGAUUGUUAUCUACACUAAAGGCUGUGUCCCUCAGUUUGAGAAAUGGUUGCAGGACAAUCUUACCAUAGUUGCCGGUAUAUUCAUUGGGAUAGCAUUACUGCAGAUAUUUGGGAUAUGCUUAGCCCAGAAUUUGGUUAGUGACAUUGAGGCUGUCAGAGCCAGCUGGUAAAACUGCUGAAGUAACCACAAGAAGACACUGGACAACCGAAACCCUCUGAAACCUCCAGUGUGUCGCUCCGACACCAAGCUGUAUGGACAUGGGUGACAGGGAAGCCUUCUCUCCCAAGUAGUCUCAAGUCUAAGUUCCUGAUAUUGCAGUGAACUCGUGUUUCUUUGGGGUGGGGGAGAGAAGAGUGGGCUAUUUAAAAUCUGCUGCUCACUGACAAUUUUUUUUUCUUUUAAACCACCAGUUUGAAAGCUAUUGAGCCGUGAAUCUCUACUGUAUUCUUGAUCCUGAGUAACAAGUGGACACUUUUUUAAAAUUCGUGUAUUUAGUGGGACAGAGUUGCAUCGUUGUAGUCUGUGGAUAUGCUGUUGAUUCUUCGUGUCAUGAGCUCUUCAAUAGCUGCCAAAUAUUCCUGAGA